GAUCUGAUCAAAUGGCAACCUCAGCAGUAGCCGUGCAGUCCAUCUUGACUAACCCUGCAGUGACUCGAUUCACCAACAAAUGUCGGUCAGAUUCAAUCGUUACAACUACCUACUUGCCAAGCCUGCAUAGAAAGACUAGCUUGCAAGUGCGCUGUAUGGCCCAGAAACUCCCCCAAGGGCAAUUACAGGAGAGCACGAAGUUCGAGGAGGUGUUUGCAUUCAGUGGGCCAGCACCUGAGAGGAUCAACGGGAGGCUAGCGAUGGUGGGGUUCGUGACCGCGUUGGGAGUAGAGCUUGCAAGAGGAGACGAUUUGGUAGGACAGCUGAUGAACGGAGGGGUGCCGUGGUUCCUUGGGACCACCGCGUUACUUUCCAUCGCAUCGUUGAUUCCUUUGUUUAAGGGAGUGAGUGUACAGUCCAAGUCGGACGGGGUGAUGACGUCCGAUGCCGAGAUGGUGAACGGGAGGUUUGCGAUGUUGGGGCUUGUGGCGUUGGUCUUCACUGAGUACCUCAAGGGUGGAGCACUCGUGUAGAACAGAUCAAGAGAUUUUACUGUUCACCACUAAGUAGUAGAAGUAGCGACAACCCA